AUGGGAUUGUGCUGCUCAGCCGCAGGAGCUUAAGAUUAAGAGCAUUUGUCUUAAAAACGUGAUUAGAAAAUCAUAUAACACGUAGAAGACUAUACCUUGCCACAUGGAAGUCUCAAACUUUCAGUGCAUAAUUGCGUAUUAAAGGGACCAGUAACUGCUGAUUCGGGAUGGGCUUGUGAUGGUCGUAAAAUAUUUGAAAAGUGCUAAGGAGGAAUCACAGAUUUCUAUCAAACAGCCGGCAAAAAAAAGUAUAAUUGUGCGGAGCAUGACUUCGACCUUUGCUUUGAAUGUUGCCAAUAUGUUUACAAAAAUGAAAAGAUCUGUGAAGCAAGCAAAUAAAAAUGGUCUGGUUUCUGGCUUUAGGGAUAAUCUAAGGGAGAGAUGAAAUUUGAAAAAUUACUCAUUACAAAGAAUACAGUUUUUGGUAAUGGUGAAGAUUCAAUCGGAACUUUCAUUAUUUCUGGAAAAGUUCACGAAAACAAUCAAACUUUGGGAUUCAGAAAGCAAUACUUAGGCAAACAUUUAGUCACAUAUACUGGUGGGAUUUCUAACUAGGGCAAAACAGUCUAAGGUGAUUGGGAUAUAGGCGGUAGUACUACUGGUAAAUUUGAGCUGAAUUGCUAGUGA